GCUUUAAUGUCAGAGACGCGCGCGAGUUAUUCUGGACGUCCGCGUGAAUCAUGGCGGCAAAUAAGAGUUUCAGCCGAUUAAGAUCCGCUUUUUAUAUAUUCACACGAAACCAUCACCAUCACUGUGUUGGAAUAAUCGGCGCACCUUUCUCUAAAGGACAGAGGAGGGAUGGUGUGCAGAGAGGACCAGAUCUGAUCCGAGCUGCAGGAUUGGUGCAGAAGCUUAAAGGGCAAGGUUGUAUAGUGAAGGAUUAUGGAAAUCUGACGUUUGAAGACAUUCCCGACGAUGAACCUGUUGGCAGGGUGAAGAUGCCGAGAGCGGUCGGCCGUGCCAAUGAGCUGCUUGCAGGCGCUGUGCAUAAAGUCAAGAGUGAUGGGAACACGUGCGUGAUGCUGGGAGGAGAUCACAGCUUAGCAAUCGGUUCGAUCUCUGGUCACGCAGCAUCGAGAAAUGAGUUGAGUGUUUUAUGGGUGGACGCACAUGCCGACAUCAACACACCUUUGACCACACCCACCGGAAACAUUCACGGCCAGCCGCUGUCUUACCUCAUUCAUGAACUGCACUCUAAGAUUCCCAUACUUCCAAAUUUCUCAUGGAUAAAGCCCUGUAUAGCAGCUAAAGACGUUGUUUACAUUGGACUUCGUGAUGUAGAUCCAGAAGAACAUUAUAUCAUGCAGUAUCUGGGCAUCAAAACCUUCUCCAUGAUGGACGUUGACAGGCUUGGAAUAGCGAAAGUCAUGGAGCAGACAUGCGAGCACAUGUUUUCAAAAGUGAAAAAACCCAUCCACCUGAGUUUUGACAUUGAUGCACUGGACCCUUCAGUAUCACCUGCAACAGGAACACCUGUAGCUGGAGGUCUGACCUAUAGAGAGGGGAUUUAUAUCACUGAACACACAUGUCAAACUGGGCUCCUGUCUGCUGUAGAUAUGGUGGAGGUGAACCCAAAGCAAGGCAGAACAGAGGAUGAGAUUAAGUCAACAGUAACAGCUGCUGUCGACCUGUUGCUGGCCUGCUUCGGACGGGUCCGUGAGGGGUCUCAUAAACCGGAUUACAAAAUUCCCAAUCCAUAAAUCAAAAGCUUUGUGUUUUGGUUUAUUGCAAUUGCUAACAUCUUAAAAGCGCUUAUACAAAGUAAAAAAAUUAAUUUAAGAGACAUGCAAAACAACUUUUUAGUUUUCUAGGCAUUUAAUGAGGAUGGCAGAGUAGUCAACAUGGCUUAGAUCAUUUUUAGUACAAAACAUUGAUUCCAAAGAUAAACACAAAAUGCACACAAGAUCUCUGCACAAAGCAAAGAGCUGCUUAGAAUAAACAGGUUCUUCCUCUGCUAUGACAGCCGAUCGGUUUACAGAAGAGUGAAUAGAUUCAGUAAGCUUUAAUGGGGUCAGUAUCAGGUGGCUAUGGUUUGUACUUUACGCAAUAUUUGAGGGCCAUGUGAUCCUAACAUUGACCAUUGACCUUGUCGUGUUCUCAGUAGUAUAUUAUUAGAUCAUUGUCGUGUUUAGAUAGGGAGGACUCAGAAACACGUGCUGUACCUUUGGCUUCGAAUAUCGCUUUAUCUGUCCUGACACAAAUGCCCCUUUGUUAAACAGUCCUGUGGGAUGGCCAGAACGAUAGGACCAAGAGAGGUGAGGUCAGGUGAGGAUUUAUGGGAAAAUAUGACUGAAUGCAAUAAAGGCAAGAGCUCUAUGGUCAGCAUUCAUGCUCUUAUACAUACAUACAUUUACUGUAAACACCCGUCAUAUCCUGAUCGUCGUCGUAAAAAUUGAAUAUGUCUUUUAUGCCACCCGUGAAUCAAUACUGUACAGUUGACCGAAACACAAGACGAUGCAGGAAAUCAGAUCUGCUGUUGUAUUCUGAUUAGGGUUCCUUUUGAUUAACAUUAUUGAUCAAUAAAUCAAUAAUACCAUUUGGGGAACUCCACAAACAGCAAUGGCUGCAAAACCCAUAAAAUAAUCUGAGGUGAAUGCAUAUGGAUUCAUUUUACAGCUCCGUAAUCAAAAUGUAUUUAAACAAUGGUUUGCUUCUUCUCUCAUUUCAUUUUAGCAAAAACAUCUGAGAUGUAUAACUGAAAUGAAACAUAACUACAAACACUGUCAAAUCUCCCGAAUUAUCCGUGAGCAACAGUUCAAAAUAAAGUGUCACUUGGCUAAAUUGUUGAAAUUAUUUUAUAUGCAGUUUUUCAACCGUCUGAUGGCAAUUAAAUUAUAAUACAUUAUUAAUCAUCACUAGACCUGUCUAUGCUGAAAGCGUCUGAUGUUUUUGUCAACUACAACAAUAUUUUGAUAAGCAUUUGAAAUCAAAUCAAUUUUAAAUUGUGUGCAUAACAUUUUUUUUAAAUCAUAUGUUAAAAUAACAAAUGACUUUAAAGCCACUGAAUUAAAUCGCUGUCAAAAUGAAAGUUUUCAAAUCUAAUAAAUGUGCUACUUUUG